CAUUCACGUCAGUGCGUUCUAGACCGAUGUUAGGGGUGGUUCGUGCCCGGUACGGUGACUCGCACGUGUAUCUAUACCGCAUCGCGUUUGUGCCUCGUAGUGGCUGUCGAACGAACGAACGAACGUGUACGUACUUAUCUCGCACAGCCAGUCCGGGAGCGUGCGCACGAAGGAAAAUAUUUGGAGAUACGUGGGUCCGGUGUCUUUGUGCGUGGAUGGGAACGCGGACGUAGGGACGUAGCGCGCGUUGUGUGAUCCGCUGCCGUGUGUAAGCAUUCGAUUGCUAGCCGUGACACACGUUACCCGUGCACCGUGCAUACGUUUACAGAGCUGAUUUAGAGUGGCGGGCAGCACUGUGUGUAUAUAGUGUGUAGACGCGAUUCCGACGGACGGAGGUUAGUCGUUCGGUGGCGACCAAAAAAGAGUAGAGCACACGAGCAAAGAGGGAGUCCGGAAGGAGCGUCGUGGUCUCUCGUACAGAGUAUAGAGUAGCUGAGUGGUGUUUUCUGGACUUUGUACUAGCAGAGCUAUUCCGUUUUCGUUCGCCUGAUAAUGGAUUAAUUUUCGCCGGGGCAGUUCACCCCGGCGGCAGCGUAGUCUGGAGCAAGAGCACGCAGUAUCGCGGCAGCAGCACUCAGCGAUAAAUCAAGGCCGGAGUGAUGCGAUCCACGCAGGAGUAAAGCAAGCGACGUUGGAAAAUGGGACUCGUUCGACGGACGAAGCUGCUUCCAAGCCGAACGAUGGCGUCCCUGUUACCAUUGCUGCUGCUGGCAGCAUUACCAAACGUGCGAUUAGAAUCAGCAAUCAGUCCAGUGAGCAACGUGGGCUCGGUAUCGAGCGGUUCUUCGUCCUCCUCUUCUUCUGCCUCGUCGUCGUCGAUGGUGGGCGUAGUGCCUGGCAGUGGCUCGGCUUCCGGUAGCAUGGUUGGCUCUGGUAACAGCGUGGUUGGAGGUGGAAGUAGCGGCGUUGGACACUCGUCUUUAGGCGGUGGAGCUGUUAACGGAAACGGUCGAUGCGAAGAGAUCACGAUCCCAAUGUGUCGUGGAAUCGGUUACAAUCUAACGGCCAUGCCGAACGAAUUGAAUCACGACAACCAAGAGGAGGCUGGCUUGGAGGUGCACCAAUUCUGGCCAUUGGUCGAAAUCAAAUGUUCGCCAGAUUUGAAAUUCUUCCUCUGUUCGAUGUAUACCCCGAUAUGCUUGCCCGAGUACACUAAACCUCUUCCAGCUUGUAGAAGCGUUUGCGAAAGAGCACGGGCUGGUUGCGCACCGUUGAUGCAACAGUAUGGAUUUUCCUGGCCAGAAAGAAUGGCCUGCGAAAGAUUGCCAGCCCAUGGUGACCCGGAGAACUUGUGUAUGGAACAAGACAAUCGUACUAGCAGCACCGGGUAUGGAUCCGGAAACGGAGGAGCCGCGAGUAGCGCCCCUUUACCAGCAGCAGCGCCACCACGCCCAACCAGGCCGUCGAAGACGACCCAGCCACCGCGGUGCAAGCCAGGCAAAAAUCAAAAAAACUGCCAGCAUCCCCCGGGGGAAAGGGCGAGGGACUGCGUGUGCCGGUGCAGGGCACCCCUCGUACCCCUGGGGGCGGGGGGCACGGUCAUUCCGGGACCGAUAAGCGGCAGCAGCACCGGCAACAUCGGCAACGGGGCUGGACUGGCAGGCAUGGCCGUAAGUGGGGUCAUACCGGCGCCACCGAUAAGCAUCGGCAGGAGCAUCAUUCAGGACAUUGCCGGAGUACCGAACUGCGCUCUCCCGUGCCACGGGGCGUUUCUCACCCCCGAAGAGCGAGGGUUCGCGGCCGUGUGGCUGGCUCUGUGGAGCGGCCUGUGCGCCGCAAGCACGCUCGUGACCGUCACCACGUUUCUGAUCGACACCCAGCGCUUCAAGUAUCCUGAGAGACCGAUAGUGUUCCUGUCAGCCUGCUACUUCGCCGUAUCGAUAGGCUAUCUAUCGAGAAGCGUGUUCGGCCACGAGGAGAUAGCCUGCGACGGGCCAGCGUUGAAGUCGAGGGCACAGGGUCCGGAAGCUUGCGUAGCCGUCUUCCUGAUGAUCUACUUCUUCGGCAUGGCGUCCUCGGUCUGGUGGGUGAUCCUCGCGUUCACGUGGUUCCUCGCGGCAGGACUGAAAUGGGGCAACGAAGCUAUAGCCUCGUACUCCCAGUACUUCCAUCUAGCAGCUUGGCUGGCACCCGCGGUUCAAACUUUCUCGGCGUAUCUAGCGGGGGGAGUAGCAGGGGAUCCAGUAGCAGGAGUCUGCACGGUAGCUCCGGAUGGAAUAAGAUCCUUCAUUCUGGUACCGUUAUUCGUGUAUCUUCUACUGGGGACCAGCUUCCUUCUGGCGGGUUUCGUAAGCCUGUUCAGAAUUCGAUCGGUGAUAAAGCGACAACCAGGAGCGAAAGCGGACAAACUGGAGAAACUGAUGAUACGAAUCGGCGUGUUCAGCGUUCUAUACACGCUACCAGCCGGAGUAGUGUUGGCCUGUCACAUGUACGAAACGUCGUUAAGAAACGAGUGGCUCGAUUCGUUGGCUUGCCCGUGUCGGCCAAGGGCAAGACCUCUCUACUCCGUCCUGAUGCUCAAGUACUUUAUGGCGCUCGCGGUAGGCAUCACGUCAGGCGUGUGGAUCUGGAGCGGCAAAACCGUCGACUCGUGGAAACGUCUGUGGAGGCGCUUGUUCAGCGGCGGAAGCGGCGGAGGCGGUCACGGAGGCGGUGGCGCCGGUAUGGUAGCAGGCGUGACUGGCGUCAGCGGAGGAAUCGGCAGCACCAGCAUCAAGGGCGUCGUAGGACGUGUCGGAGUGCCGUAUCCACCGGCACCUGGCCCUGGAAGCGCUCUACUUCCACCUGGCAGCGUGGCAAGCGCGUCCCAACACCAUCUCCAUCAUCACGUCCUCAAACAACCUCCUCUGUCGCACGUAUGACGUCACCAGUCGGCGGGGGGCGACAUGAACACCGCGGGCUGCGACCAGCAGCAACAACAACAGCAAUCGGUGCAACAGGAGAGGCCUUCCGCCCUUAGUAACUACGGGCCCAUUUAGCCCUUCGCCUCGGCCUCGCGCAGGCAUACGCCGCACACGGCGCCACACACGGCGCCACAUACGCCACACUCGGCGGCUACUAUAUAUUCGAGGAGGUCAUUGGCGUCAACCACGGGCCCCCUCACGCCGGCACACGGACUCGCACCCUCGUAUACUCAGGCCACCGAAGUAUGAAUCGAUUUCCGAUAGCAAGUUGGUCGUCGUCGUUUCAACGCUGAGACGAGGCUCGAAAGAAAGGGAAAAAAGAGGAGGGUCGAAGGUGCGUGCGUUUCUCGGUACCACCGGCGUGUGGCAUUUUGCGACGCGCGUCGAACAGCGUCGACGACUCGCGACGGUGCUUCUCGAUUACCGAAUAUACGUAUUAGCCCGUACGUGUCUUUCCCGCGGGUCUCGAGUCGCCUUCAUUUUUUCUAAUCCUUUCUACUUCUUUCUACGUCACUUUUAAUCCCGUGUUACAUGUGUAGGUUAACGAUUAACUCUGUAACCAUUUUGGAGAAUUUAGCGGAGAAAUUCUGAUAAUUAGCGAAGAAACAGGUAUCGCGAACGCUAUUCGAAUCGAAGCGCGGCAACGAUGGUACGGAUCCUUGAGGCGAUCGUUCCAGAGGGCGACACUUUAAAAAUGGCGCUCGAGACCGGCCGGUGUAGUGAGAUUGUGAUGACAGUGCGUGGAUCGGAUGUAGAGUAACGUAUGAGUGAGAUAUGGCGCGAAUGGGAUAGUAUGACAGAGAAUUGUCUCUUAUUCGUAUCUAUCUGUAAUCUUUCUUACUUAUAUACCGUAGCGGAACUCGUACAGUCCGCAUGUCCGUCUAACGUGUAUCGUCUCGUCUAUUUAUCUAACCUAGCUAUAACAGAAGUAUAGGUGUACAACACAAACUUUCUAUAGAUGUCGUUACUUAAGGGUUACGGCGGUGGUCCGGCAUUCCAAAGCGCGUGUUUUUAUAAUUUCAUACGAUUUUAGUCGCUAGUCGAAACAAUCGGAGCGAACGUAUAAGACAGGGAAGGAUCGAUUCGAUCAUCCUCGACCAAUGAAAGUACUCGUAGCCACGAAUACAGGCUCACCGUCGUCGAUCGUAUGAAGUACGACGAGCAAGUGUAUAGCGGAGACGUAUAAAGAGAGGAGAAGAAUGCGAAGAACGAAGGUAACUGUAAAUAUUAUUCUUAGGUGUUAGAUAAAACGCUGUAAAUAUAUAAAAGAGAAAUGGAAAGGAAACGAUCAUCAAAAAACGAUUUAUCGGUCGACACGAGAUAUACGAAUGUACAGGCGCGAGCAUGCGCAGUCGCGAUGAUUACGCGUUCCUUUUUACGCAUUUGUGUAACCGUGUAGUCCGUGGAGCUAUGAAAUCCAUUUCCAAUCUUUCGAAGGUGAAUCGAUCGUUGACACGGCGUAAGAAAGGAAAGAAAAAGAACUCGUGUCAAAUUCUUGGUGCAAUGAGUAAUUGAUAUCAAAUAACAGUGGGUAUAUCAUAAAAAGAAGCUUCGAAAGAGCCGCUAGUCUUGCCGCGGGCGAAGGAACGCGUCAAUCGCAUCGUGAAUGCGUCGAGGAAGAAGAUAAAAACGUGUGCUUACGACGGUAUGUACACAUACGUUAAAACAUAAUUUCGGGUGUCAAACGUGUCUUUUUUUUCCGCCGAACGAAGCCCCCCUUAACCUUUACCGUUUUAUAUAUAUAUAAAGUAUGUAUAUGAUAUGUAUACAUACACACGCGUCUUGAACGUAGAUUGCAAGGGAAAAGAUGGCAGAGGUAACACGAUUCCGAAUGACACUUGUUUUUUAUACCUCGCAUGGCUUUCUGUCUCUGAUAGUUAGAGAUUUAGGGAGUUGUGCACAUACGCACAUAUACCCAUACCACUGAUACUACACACACAUACACUACACUAUCGUACAUACUCGCACGUAGAAAAGAGGACAAGAACAAUUUCUGUAUAUCCCGAGACUAAAUCGUAGGUAAAAUGAAAAAAAAAAUGACAAUUCAUAUACACGUUUACGUGUUUUCUGUGUCCGCAAUAGACAAGUAGCUGUUGACAGAGUGCGAAAUCGGAUAAACGAAUAAAUGGUUAAGUACGUAAAUAUAUAUAUUAUAGAUACAUUAUAAAUAUAUAUAUAUAUGUAUGUAUGUAUACAUAUAUAUAUAUAAAUAUAUAUAUAUAUAUAUAUUUAUAUACACACAUACAUAUACAUAUAUGAUCGUAAAAGUAAGUGCGGGACCUUGACACGAGGACGCGCGUGCUUCUGCGACGCGAUGUCGACAUCUCACAAUUUUUCUAAUCGCUGGAGGAGAAAAGGGGAGGACUAGAAGGAAAAGUACGAAUCUCGAAAGUGUAUUUUUUAUCGUUGCUCCUUUCGCAAGACAUUUCGGAAGCCGAAUCGCGUGCAAUCGUGAGAUUAAAAAUUCCUUUAACGUCACCGAAAGCAAAGAGAACGAGAAAAGACCGAGAAAGAGAAAAACCUCGGUUGUGUAGUUUUUCCAUUGUCACUGGCCGCUGCUGGUGUUUCUGGUCUGUGAAAAUUUCGCGAUCGACCCGCGAGAUGUCUUGCGAGCGGAGCAGGUGGGAAUGCACGCGGGAAGGAAACGGGGAAAGGUAUAAGAAACGACGGGCGAAAGGGAAAGAAAUAAACGGACUGAAAAACGAUAACUGCCUCAAGCAACUUAAAAAGUAAAAGAACAAAAAAGAUAACACGACCCGUAUCGCAUCCCGGACGGGGACCCCUGCCAAACGAAAACGUACACGUGUAAUGUUGUAAAGUAGUGAGAGUAAAGAACCUUUAGUGUCACAUAUCACGCCAAGCUGUUACGAGCGAAAACGGACAAUGUCGCGUUCGUGGACGUCCAGUGACGGGGGGAAAGAGUGAGAAAGAGCAUGACGAGACGAGAUGGAGUGAUGGUAGUGGCGAUGGCGGAGAGGAAAAAAGGCGGGUGAACGAGACAGGGGGAAAAGAAAGAGUGCGCUGCUAUCGCGAUGGCAGAACGAUUGAUGCGACGAAAAGAACGAACGCGACGUUAGAAAAAAACGAGAGGGAGGAGUUUAUAACGAGUAUUUGUAAGCCACUUUUUGUCACGAUGAUUGUCAAUAAAAUGGAAAAUACUGUGUGUAACGAAUGUGUCCCGGAAUUUCAUCCAUCGAGUUGGUUCAUUAGGUAUGAUCUUUCUUUAUUUUCUCAUUCUUCUUUUUUCCUUCGUUUUUUCUUUUCUUUAUAUGUGUAUAAAAAUAUCUGUGACAGGGGAAGUAUAUGUAUAUAUGGAAUUUCAAAAUAAUCAUGUCUCCCUCUAUUUUUCUUUAGUACGUUUUCCUCGUUCAGCUUUUAUGUUCUUUUUCCUGAAAAUACUGUGGAUCCUCUGUUUGAUCCGAUUUUACGCUCGACCGCCAUCUUUAUACAAGUUUUUACGUUGCCAUAGUACAUAGUUAACGAGUAACCGACGACCGAUGACCAUAUCGUUAUACAUAUACAUAUAUCGAAAUCAAAAUUGUAUACGAUUUAAUAUACUUUAUUAUUAUUUAA